AACCCAAAUCCAACCACGUAGUGGUCCGAAUGACCCGAAAUUGGAGGCGGGAGCCUCUCUUCUCUCACUCACCCCUACCACCGCUUUCCGCAGCAUGGCGUCGCCGUCCUGCUUCGAAACGCCGUCGUCUGCUCCUUCUUCUUCUUCAGAACUAGAGUGGGGCGGGAAGGUCUCGGACAAGGUGUUCUCACUCUAUAACUCUCUUCCCAAGAAAGGCAAGCCUCAGGGUCGCGAAGUCACCGUCUUGGCCGCUUUCCUCGUUUCCUCUCCUUCUCAAGAAUUGGAAGUUGUCGCGUUGGGAACUGGGACCAAAUGUCUUGGGCGUUCACUCUUGAGCUCCAACGGUGAUGUCGUCAAUGAUUCCCACGCCGAGAUUAUAGCUCGAAGAUCUUUACUCAGGUUCUUCUAUGCACAGAUUCAGUGUCUUACUCAAGUUUAUAGUAAGCAAAGUGAUAGCAAUGGAAGCACACAAAUGCAAAAUGGUGAUGCCAAAAACUUGCUUUUUGAAUUGGACCCUAAUGGUGAUGGCCAAGGAAAAUACAAAUUGAGGAAGGGUUUGCAAUUACACUUGUACAUAUCACAACUACCAUGUGGGGUUGCAUCUCCGAGUUCACUGUUGUCUCCCCCAAAAGACGUCUCACCAACAGAACGGGGUUCAUCUUUGGACGAGCUUAAUGUUUCAAUAAAUGAAAAGGCUCUGCCAAAUACUAAUGGUGAUGCUUCACAACUAAUUGGCUCGGUUCAAAGAAAGCCUGGUCGUGGUGAUACGACUUUAUCAGUUAGUUGCUCUGACAAGAUGGCUCUUUGGAAUGUAGUUGGAGUUCAAGGAGCUCUGCUUUCAUUCUUUCUGCAACCUGUUUACCUUUCUUCCAUUACUGUUGGACAAUCGCCUCACGGCUCUGAAAUGGUUCUUGUGGUUGAUCGCUUGAAAAAAGCGCUGCAUGAUCGCAUUCUACCAUUGUCAAAUGUGCUAAUGAGUCCCUUUCAAGUGAACCAGCCACUAAUAUUGGCAGCUCCAAUGCCACCAAAGGAAUUUCAGCAUUCCGAGACUGCUUUGACCACUUUAACAUGCGGGUAUUCAAUUUGUUGGAAUAAGGCUGGUUUGCACGAAGUCAUUCUUGGAACCACUGGAAGAAAGCAAGGCACCGCUGCCAAAGGAGCACAUUAUCCAUCUACUGAGUCAUCUUUAUGCAAAAAGCGGCUGUUGCAGAUUUUCUUGUCCCUAAGACAUGAAUGCCCUGUCAUAAUCCCAGUCAAUCAGAAUUCGUAUCGAGAAAUCAAGGAAAUGGCGCAGGAAUUCAAUUUAACCUCAAAAAUUCUAAAAAGAAGACCUCCCUUUAGUAAUUGGCCUCUGAAACUCCCACAUUUUGAGGCAUUCUCUGCCAUGAUAUAGUGAGGCCAGUGGAUACUCAGAGUGAAUACUCCGGUCUGUGCAUAAUAUGAUCUUCAUUGUGAAACUAAUAUGGUAAUUGAGUAAUACUUUGCACUAAUUAUUUAGAGCUUUUCAGUAUAUCAGUGUGGUUCGACAAGGACAGUUCCGCCAGCUUCUAGGAUAUAAUAUAAAGGGAAGGGUCUGUGUUGGUCUAACAAGGGAACGUGCAUUGCUUCACCUGUCGGCUGUCAAUGCUUUAAAAUGCACCUUUCAGCAUAUCAUCUCGUCAUGAAACAAGCUGGUAGGAGAUUCACAGUUAAUGUUUCGGUUCAGGUUGCUAACUAGCAGCAGCUGCACGGCUUUUUUCGUGAGCCAACUUUUAGUGCCACCCUGGAUGAAGGUUUGAUCCUCUGGUUUUAACUCAUGUUGUUGAUAGGAAAACUUCAAGUCGAAGUGUUACUUGGAUGGUUAUUUGAACAUACAAGAAAAGUUAGACGAACGAUACGAAUAUUAUGGAGAGCUUGAAUCAGUAAAUAUAUUUUUCUUUGCCUGCA